AUGGAAGGGGAAAACAAGCGUCGAGGAGAAGAGACGGCAGAGAGCGACGCCCACUUCAAGGUGAGCUCUGACGUGAAGGGCAUCCGCUUCGGCGGGCAGCUCGUCGUCAAGUCGUUCACCGUCCGCCGCGCCGUGCCGGUGGAGUUGCUCUGCCUGCUCUCCCUCCCGCUAUCCUCUCCGCUUCCCUUCCCCUCCGCCACCGCCUACCUGCCGACAAGCUUCACCAUCCUCGCGCGCCGAGCAUGGCAGACGCUGACGCUCGGCAUGGACGACAGCAAGCCAAAGGCCCUCCUCUUCGUCUUCGAGUCGGAGGACAUGAAGGCGGCAGCGGACCGGGUGUGGCCGCCGGUGAUCCCCCUGGGCGAGGUCGACGGGAAGCUCCUCCGGGGGCUCGUCGGUUGCGAGAUGGCGCGGUUCAAGCUCCGCAAGGGCUGCCUCACCUUUUACGUCUACGCCGUGAGGCGCGCCGGCGCCGCCGGCUUCCGGAGGGCCAGCGACCUGAGGGCUCUGCUGGAGUCGGUGGCCGCUGCCAAGGACUUCACGGAUUUCGCUGCCAUGCUCUCCCCCCUGCAAAGACAGAGGAGCAUCACGUUCUCGUCUCCUUCCGCCAUGGCCCACUGA